CCCGCGCUUCCUCUCGGGCUCGCGGCCGCUUCCGGCGGAGCGCGGGCCCCGCCGCCGCCCGAGCAUGGACGAUCCCGAUCGCGACUCGACCUGGGAAGACGACGAGGAGGACGGCGAGGACCCGAGCGCCGGGGACGACGACGAUGGCGAGGCGGGCGCCCCGCGGGGCGUGGAGGAAGAGGAAGAGGCGCGGCCCAGCGCGCUGCCGUCUAGGACGGCCGAGCUCCGGAACUGGCGAGCCGUGCGGGACACACGCAGGUACCGCCACCACUAUCCGGAUUUGAUCGAGCGAGACAGCAACGGCGACAUGCCAAACCUGAGUUUCUACAGGAACGAGAUCGAGUUCCUGCCCCACGGCUGCUUCAUCGAGACCAUCCUUCAGGACUGGAAGGACGACUACGACACCCUUGAGGACAACCACUCCUACAUCCAGUGGCUGUUUCCCCUGCGGGAGCCGGGGGUGAACUGGCAUGCCAAGCCCCUCACGCUGCGGGAGAUCCAGGAGUUCAAAAACUCCAAGGAGGCCCGAGAGCGGUUCGUGCGCGCCUACGAGCUCAUGCUGGGAUUCUACGGGAUCGAGCUCAAGGACCGGGACUCUGGCGCCGUGUGCCGUGCGCACAACUAUCGGAAGCGCUUCCAGAACCUCAACUGGCACAGCCACAACAACCUGCGCAUCACACGCAUCCUCAAGUCGCUGGGUGAGCUGGGCCUGGAGCGCUACCAGGCGCCGCUGGUGCACUUCUUCCUGGAGGAGACGCUGGUGCACCGGCAGCUGCCGGCGGUACAGCAGAGUGUGCUGGACUACUUCGUGUUCACUGUGCGCUGCCCGCGCCAGCGCCGCGCGCUAUUGCGCUUCGCCUGGGAGCACUUCCGUCCGCGUCGCAAGUUCGUCUGGGGGCCCCACGACAAGCUGCAGAGGCGUGCGCUUCGCUCUCCUCCGAGGCCACCCUCGCCAGUGGCCCCCAGCGAGGCCCAAGGGGAGGAGAGCCCUGGGGACACCCACCUCCAGGCUGGAGCCUGCGAACCUGGGACAGGCGAGGAUGGGGACAGUGUAGCCGCCGACCCGCAGCUACCGAGCUCCGAGCCCCAGGAGGAGGGGGUCCAGGAGAGGGACCAGGGCGAGGAGGCCCAGAACGGAGGAGAGGAGGGGCCGGAACCUUCCAGCCCCAAGGAGAGCAAGAAGAGGAAGCUGGAGGCAAACCGGCGGGAGCGGGCCCCAGGGGAGGCGGGCCCCCAGGGUUCCUCCGAGGUGGAGAAGAUCGCCCAGAACUUGGAGGACUGCGCCCUCAGCCAGGGCAGCCUGGGGGCGGGGGCCCAGGAAAUGGGCAGCCAGGAAGCCGGGGAGACCGAGCAGCCCUGUCCCCCACCCCCAGGGGCCAAGGUGCCCAACGACGAGGUGAGGAAGCGGAGGAAGGUGGACCAGACUCUGGCCCCCACCUGGUCUCCUGUGCGGCCAGGGUCCCCUGAGAUUGGCGGGGGUGAGAAUGGAGUGGAGAAGGAGGCGGCGGAGGAUCAAGGCCAGAGCGCCCCCCAGAGCUCGGCCGCGGAAGAACCUGCCGUUGAUCAGACGACGGAGGCUGCCGAGUCUGUGGAGGCUGCGGAGGCUGCCGAGUCUGCGGAGGCGGGACUGGCUGCCACCCCGCAAACGCCCUAGGCGAUGGGACGCCAGUGGGCCUCCCGGCCUGGCCCUGCGCUGGGAGAGCCGCGUUGCCAGCUGCUCCCGGUGCCGGCACUGUGGGCCGCGCCCCGGGGGUCGCUGCGGCCCCGGGAAGCACAGAACUCCGGGAUCCUCAUCUCGCCCUCUCUGCUGCCUCCCUCCUCGGCGCCGCUGGCCCAUCUUUGUAAAUUGGCCCUUGAGGGUCUGGGAAUGGGGUGGGGCUCAUUUUCUAAGUCUGGUGCCCAGGCUUUUUCUGAAUAAACUCGUUUGACUUAGA